CAGAGGGAUUAUGAUUGAAGAUCUCUUCCAGUCCUCCACUUCAGUCUCCCUGUUGGUGGCCAUCGUGGGCCUGCUGGUCCUCCAUCUUUUCUACUCCUGCUUCAGCUCCCAGGACAAUAAGAGGGAGCCUCCAGGACCUAAACCUCUUCCCCUGCUCGGCAACUUGCUUCAUGUGGAUCUCAAAAGACUCGACAGCUCUCUUCUUAAUAUAUACAAUGUGUUUCCUUGGCUCGGCCCUUGUCUUAAAAACUGGAGGGUGUUGAUGAAGAAUGUGGAAAACAACAAGGAGGAACUAAAAAGCAAAGUAGCAGAGCUGAAGGAGACUCUGAACCCUGAGAUGUGCAGAUGCUUUGUAGAUGCAUUUCUCAUCCGUAAGAUGAAUCUGGAGGAGUCUGAAAUCAAGGAUUCACACUAUCAUGAUGACAACCUUCUCUACAGUGUGUUGAAUCUGUUUGCAGCUGGGACUGAUACGAUGGGAUAUACACUUCAGUGGUGCCUCCUGUUUAUGGCAAAGUACCCACAUUUUCAAGACCGGGUCCAGGAGGAGCUGGACAGGGUGGUUGGAAGCCGUCAGGUUGGAGUAGAGGACAGGAAGAACCUGCCGUACACUGAUGCUGUCAUUUAUGAGUCACAACGACUGGCUAACAUCGUCCCGUUGGCCAUUCCUCACAAAACCAGCCGAGACGUCACCUUCCAGGGCUACUUUAUCAAAGAGGGGACUACUGUGUUUCCUCUUCUCACUUCUGUCCUGUAUGAUGAGAGCGAAUGGGAGACCCCACACACUUUCAACCCUUCCCACUUCCUGGAUAAGGAGGGUAAAUUUAUCAGGAGAGACGCCUUCAUGCCCUUUUCUGCAGGUCGCAGGGUGUGUCUGGGAGAGAGUCUGGCCAGAAUGGAGCUGUUCCUCUUCUUCACCUCCCUCCUUCAGCGCUUUCGUUUCACUCCUCCACCUGGAGUCACAGAGGAUGAACUGGAUCUGACACCAGUUGUGGGCUUCACCCUCGGCCCUUCACCUCAUGAGCUGUGUGCCGUCAGUCGCCAGUGAGGACGAGAGCUGGAACCUGAUUAUCGUUUCUGUGUAUUUAUUCCACAAAAGGAGCAGAAACUUUCUCCAUGCAACCUG